UCUGCUGCGUGAGCGUGAUGUGGUGGUUCUACCGCAAAGGGCCCUCGGGCUUCUCCGGCGCCUCCACGGCUGAGGAGGUCACUGCCGGCGUCGACGGCCAUGGUCUAGUUGCCGUCAUCACAGGUGCGACGAGCGGCAUCGGACUGGAGACGGCGCGCGUUCUUGUGCUGCGCGGCGUGCACGUCGUCAUGGCCGUCCGCAACGUCUCCGCCGGGCUCGUGGCCAAGGAGGCCAUCGUGGCCAAAAUCCCCGGCGCAAGAAUUGACGUUCUGGAGCUAGACCUCAUCUCCAUAGCUUCCGUAAGGAGAUUCGCCUCCGAGUUCGACUCUCUGAAACUGCCCCUCAACAUUCUCAUCAAUAACGCUGGUGUGAUGACAAGGAACUGUACACUUUCCUGCGACGGUCUGGAACUGCAUUUUGCAACAAAUCACAUUGGUCAUUUUCUUCUAACAAACCUCCUACUGGAGAACAUGAAGAGCACAUGCAGGGACAGAGGCAUCGAGGGACGGAUCGUCAAUGUGACGUCUUCAGGGCAUGUGAUGACUUAUCCUGAAGGGAUAUGUUUCGAAAAAAUUCGUGAUCCUUCCGGUUUGAACGACUUCAUUGCUUACGGUCAAUCCAAGCUUGCAAACAUUCUUCACUCUAAUGAAUUGUCUCGAAUCUUCAAGGAGGAAGGAGUGAAUAUUUCAGCCAAUUCAGUUCAUCCUGGUGUCAUCGCCACCAACCUUUUUAGGGGCAGGACUAUUGUUGCUGUUUUUUUGAACACCAUUGGCAGAAUCAUGUGUAGAAGCGCAGAACAGGGUGCUGCGACAACAUGCUAUGUGGCAAUGCAUCCUCAAGUGAAGGGAUUAAGUGGAAAGUACUUCGCCAAUUGUAAUGUAGCCAGCCCAAGCUCGCAAGCUACGGAUGUUGAGUUGGCCAAGAAGCUAUGGCAAUUCAGUUUGGAGACAGUUUCUUGAUUAAGCGCUUGUCUGAUCUAGUGAUGCACGUAUUAUAGUAUGUUUGUAUAGCUUUUCCAAUUCCAUGUCAGCGUAUGUUGUUAAAUAUGUCUAGAAUUUGAUUCAAAAUAAAAAAAAUCAAACCAUUGUAGCCCUAAUCUUGUGGAGUCGAUCGUAAGAGUUGUUUUUACCCAUUGUUAA